UGGUAUAAGGAACAAGACUUUGAAUCUAAGUUUCCACCUUACUACAUAGACAUACUCGUGGAACUGCAUUUCACUAUACUCGCUUACAUGGAGCCGAAACACUCACGUUUGAGGAUUAUGCUGACUAAGGUGUACACUAUUGAACUAAUUCUAGAUGAUACGUGUGACAGAUAUGCUUCUCUUCGUGAGGUCGAAAGCCUCGCCAAUGCCAUUGAAAUGUACACUCUCUUUAUGUGGGAUAUCGAUGAUCAUGCCAUGGAUGGACUACCAGAUUAUCUGAAAUCUGUGGUUAAAUUUGUAACUGGUACAUUCCAAGAGUUUGAAAGAGAAUUGGGGCCAGAAGUAGGAGGAUCUUACAGCUUGGAAGUGACAAUCGAAUACAUGAGAUAUCAAAUUAUUCAAUAA